AUUUUUUCUUCGGAUUCAAUCAGCGGUUAUACCGUACAUAGAAAUGUGGGAGUUUUGUGUUAUAUAAGUAUGGUUUUGACUGUUUAGUUGUUCGCUCUUUUAACAAGAAACAAGACGAACUACAUCACUAUGGCGUGUCUGUUGAUUCUUCAUUCCUGUAUCUUAGCUUUUACCGGACUUCAUCUGACUGAGGCACUGUUUGGACCGCCAUUUUACCCCCCUUCAUUUUCGAAAGAUUUCAAUACAGGUGAAAACGAGCGAGAGAGGACAGGAUAUUUUUCAAAUCUUGAACAUUCAGUGAGCCUGGGCGAACCUUGGUUCCUAGAUCCACCUGCAGAGAGCGGUUCCAAUAUAUUCAGCCCGCCUGAAAAAAAAAGCCAAACAUUAUGCAGAGUAAAGAAGAUCCAAAGGGCUCAUUACGAAGAUGGCUACGAAUUCCACCCAAAACAGUAUAACGAAUACGAAUGUGUUCCAUAUGAAGGUGAUUUAACCGAAUCUAGCGUUCACAAUUUGGAUAUAUGCCUGGUCAACGAUUCUACCUGCAAAACUUUAGAGAAAAAGAUGAUUUUUGGUAAAGAAUUAUCCAACUCUCAAUGCCUAAUUACACACGAGAAGGUGAUAAAGGUUGGAUGUAGGUGUAUUCAUCAUGUUAAGUUCCACUUUCCUUAAUAAACAUUGUCAGAAGUUGGUGAAAAAACGUGUUCACCCGUUUAAUAUUUCAUGUGAAUAAAAGAAUAAAAAAU